AUGCCCUGGGAUUUCACCAAACGGGGAGAGGUCCGUCAAGACCGGAUCCCACAUGGCCCCACGGUCAUAGCCUGGGUCAACAACUUGCCAUUUUUCCUUGUGUACAGAGGGGUAUAUAUUUUGUCUGGCGGCUACAACAAAUUCGGGUGGUUGAUUAACCGGCCUGUCCAAAAGGGACAGCAAAUCAAGGGUGGCUACCCUAAGCACGCAGAGGAACUGCACGGCGGCCUCUUCCUGGCGACUCCUGCGGCAGUGCGCGACGCAGCCCUGAUUCUCCAAGUCACUGGCUACGGCAAGAUGCCAGCCCCGCACGGAACCAUCUGGGCGUAG